AAGCCGACUUCAGCUUCCCGGGAGAUUUCUCCUCCGACGCUCAGUUCUUUGUGUUUGUAGGUGUCGUGUGCUGGCUGUACUCUAUUCUCUCCCUCCUGGUCUACAUCUUCCUGGCAGACGCCUACGAAGAGACGAACAAGAACAUGCCGAUAUUUGAUCUCGCGAUGGCCGUUGUUUUGGCAUUUUUCUGGUUGGCCUCCAGUUCAGCUUGGGGCCACGGACUCAGUGGACUGAAGCAUGUUGGAGACCCAGAGAACUGGAUUUAUCAGGAUACUGAAGAUGCACCCGCUCAUAUGUGCAGGAAAAAUGCUGAAGGUUAUGUGUUCACCAUAAUUGAGAGCUGUACUUCUACAUACGCAGGAACCUUUGCCGGGGGUAAUGUAAGUGUACUGCUCGGUUUCCUCAACGUGUUCCUCUGGAGUGCCAACACCUGGUUUCUGUACAAGGAAACAAGGAUGUACAACCCUAACAGAGGAAAUUUGCAGAAUGUCGAAUCACCAACCGACUCCAUAUAAACGAAAAUAGAAGACGAGCUGACUGAUCAAUCAAGAUAUUUCAGAUGCCAAUCAAUCAAUCAGUCAAUCAAUCAAAGAGUUGGUCAAUAUACAAAAUAUCUUAUUGAGCUUUUGACUGUUGUAACUUGUGAUUAAAUGUACUCUGUACUCAUUGUAAAAAUGUCUCCGUCCCCUUUGUAAGCAUUUGAAAAAAUUUGUAUUUUAGAUUUUAUAUUUGUUGAAAUUUAUUAAAUGUUAAAUUUGUA